UUAUGUGCGCUGCUGCUUGCCCUGUUGCCUAGACGAUCCCUUGCUUUCACUAAGGAUGUCUGGUUCUCGUAAAGAGUUUGACGUGAAGCAGAUUUUAAAAAUCAGAUGGAGGUGGUUUGGUCAUCAGGCAUCAGCUCCAAUCUCUGCAGUCGAUAACAACGAGGGAGGCUUCUGGAACCGAGGACAAAACGUAACAACCGGUGGCACAAAGUUUAUAGAUCCAGGUAAUCUACCUUUAGCAUCAGUUGGUUACAGAAGGUCCAGCCAACAGGAUUUCCAGAAUUCGCCUCCUUGGCCAAUGGCAUCCACCUCAGAAGUCCCUGCAUUUGAAUUCUUAACAGAAGAUUGCGGAGGUGCACGUUGGUUUGACAGACAAGAAACAGAUGAUAGAGCAAGUGAAGAAGAAAAUGAAUCAGACAGCAGUUCCUGCAGAACCUCCAACAGCAGUCAUACCUUGUCAUCUUGCCACACUAUGGAGCCCUGUACAUCAGAUGAAUUUUUUCAGGCUCUCAACCAUGCUGAACAAACUUUUAAGAAGAUGGAGAACUAUCUCAGACAUAAACAACUGUGUGAUGUGGUAUUAGUUGCUGGUGAUCGUAGAAUACCGGCUCACAGAUUGGUUCUUUCCUCUGUUUCCGACUACUUUGCAGCAAUGUUUACUAAUGAUGUAAGGGAAGCAAGACAAGAAGAAAUCAAGAUGGAAGGUGUGGAGCCAAAUGCAUUGUGGGCUCUGGUUCAAUAUGCAUAUACAGGUCGUCUUGAAUUAAAAGAAGACAACAUUGAGUGCCUCUUGUCUACAGCUUGCCUUCUUCAGCUCUCUCAGGUUGUGGAAGCCUGCUGCAAAUUCCUAAUGAAGCAGCUUCACCCGUCCAACUGCCUUGGAAUCCGAUCUUUUGCUGAUGCACAGGGUUGCACUGACUUGCACAAGGUGGCUCACAAUUACACUAUGGAAAAUUUCAUGGAAGUAAUCAGAAACCAGGAAUUCCUAUUAUUGCCAGCCACAGAAAUUGCAAAGCUUUUAGCAAGUGAUGAUAUGAAUAUUCCUAAUGAAGAAACUAUCCUGAAUGCACUACUUACAUGGGUUCGACAUGAUUUGGAACAGAGAAGGAAAGAUCUCAGCAGACUUCUGGCUUACAUUAGACUGCCUCUGCUUGCUCCACAGUUUCUGGCAGAUAUGGAAAAUAAUGCACUCUUUAGGGAUGACAUUGAAUGUCAAAAACUCAUUAUGGAAGCAAUGAAGUACCAUCUGUUGCCAGAGAGACGACCUAUGUUACAAAGUCCUCGCACCAAACCCAGAAAAUCUACAGUGGGGGUGUUGUUUGCAGUUGGAGGAAUGGAUGCAACAAAAGGAGCUACGAGCAUUGAAAAGUAUGAACUGCGCACCAACAUGUGGACCCCUGUAGCAAACAUGAACGGACGAAGACUGCAGUUUGGAGUCGCAGUGCUAGAUGAUAAGUUGUAUGUUGUUGGUGGUAGAGAUGGGCUGAAAACACUGAAUACUGUGGAGUGCUACAACCCUAGGACAAAAACUUGGAGUGUGAUGCCACCUAUGUCCACGCAUCGGCAUGGUCUUGGAGUAGCUGUAUUGGAAGGUCCCAUGUACGCUGUAGGAGGACAUGAUGGCUGGAGCUACCUGAACACCGUGGAAAGAUGGGACCCCCAGGCUCGUCAGUGGAACUUUGUGGCUAGCAUGUCAACCCCAAGGAGCACAGUUGGGGUAGCAAUAUUAAAUGGAAAACUUUAUGCAGUUGGUGGUCGUGAUGGAAGUUCCUGUCUCAAGUCAGUAGAAUGUUUCGAUCCUCAUACGAACAAAUGGACCCUGUGUGCUCAAAUGUCCAAGAGAAGAGGCGGCGUAGGGGUCACUACGUGGAAUGGGUUCCUCUAUGCCAUAGGUGGACACGAUGCUCCCGCAUCAAACCUAACGUCCAGGCUCUCAGACUGCGUAGAAAGGUAUGAUCCAAAAACAGAUAUGUGGACAGCUGUGGCCUCUAUGAGCAUCAGCAGAGAUGCGGUGGGAGUCUGUCUUCUCGGUGACAAGCUGUAUGCUGUUGGAGGAUAUGAUGGGCAAACUUACCUUAAUACAGUGGAGUCCUAUGAUCCCCAGACCAAUGAGUGGACACAGGUUGCACCAUUGUGCUUAGGAAGAGCUGGAGCAUGUGUUGUGACUGUGAAACUCUAAAUUAUUUUCUCUAUGAAGGUGACAUUCUCCUCUGUAGACUCAGCUGAUUUCUUUUCUUUACCUCAAGCAAAUUAACAUUGCACCAAUGGACAUGAGAUUCAGGAUAUCCACCACAGAGCAAAAUGUUCAGUCUUAGCUCACAUAUCCACGGUGUUCUUAGGGACCAGUAUCAAGCACUUUUCUUAAAAAAAUAAAAAAAAAAUCAUCUUUGUUACCCAGUUCUACAAUUCUAUUUGUAAGUAAAUCAGCUGCAACCUGCUACCUGCCAUCAGAGGACUUCUCUUUAGAAACUGCUAUGAAAAUAAGUGAACUCUGUUCUAAAAUAACCGAAUGUUACAGACUUAGGGCCUUGGUCCCUCAAGCAUGCACGGAAGUGAUGCCAUUAAUGGAUAUAGUGCCCUGAUUUGGGUGAAGCAAGUUACAGAUUGGAACCCAUAUAUUUAUUUUGCCUCUAAUAAACAUGUUUUGCUAUAUAGGUAUCUGAGCUAUUACAAUGCAGGCUGACAAACCAAUGCAAACCAUUGUAAAUGGCAGGUGUAAUGCUUGCCUGGGAAAUGAAGGUGUGUAUUUGGUGAAUCUUUUGCACUUUUUCAGCAUUCCUAGUUUAGUAAACUUUUUAUUUAAUCAAAGCCUUAUUUUAAAUAUGUCUUAUUAUGCUAACAGUAAUCUGCUGUUUAAUAACUUCUGCAUAAAAUUUUUGGGCAUCCAGUGUACUUUUUGGAUUUUUAGGGAUUUGGCAUAAGAUGCAGAACAGUAUAGCUUUUUCUGUACUUAAUCUGAUUCUUAGAUUUGCUUUGUCAUUUUUAAGAAAGUGUGAGUUCUAAGUUGAAAGAAUUCUGAAGUGUGACUAAAAGUUAACCUCUGCAGUUUAAUAGGAGCACUUUGGGAUUUUGUAAGCAUUCCAUUAUGCCUACACUUCGGGAUUUUGUAAGCAUUCCAUUAUGCCUACAUAAGGGUCUACUUUGAUACUCUUUAAUUAUAUUUUACAUGAGGCUUUGCACUAAUUUUAAAAGUAUAAUUUUAUAUGAUGACAUAAUAGUUACUUCAAAGUGCAAGGGGCCCAGUCCUACAAGCGGCCCAGCACCUUGCAGGAGAGCAAGUGUGCCUCACAAGAUUAAAUCACAUUAGUUAUGUUAUUUAACAGUUAUUUAAUUUUUUUCAGAUACUUUAUAAUUUGCCUUUUUUUGAUUGCUCUGCUAUGUUACACAGAAUUGCUUGGACAUUCCAAAUGUUCUCCGAAAGUCUUUUUGUGUUUGCUUCUCUGUGCCUUGUUUCUGAUGCUUUUGAAACAGGAGGUAAUACAUUUCUUUGUAACAGAGACUUUGAA